AUGGACUUAAUCACGAAAUUGUCGGCGAACCCGACGGAUAUUUUCACCUUGUACAAGUCGGAGAAUGCCGCCGAGCAAUUCAACCAGCUCACAAAGUCGCUCUUGGAUCCGUUGACGAAAACGCACUCGGUUCUAGAUGAGAUCUACACCGAUGGCUUGGACUCGACGCAGGUAUUUGGCCAGGCACAGAUGGUGAUCAACGGUGUCGGGGAGAAACUUAUGGGCGAACAGAUUCCUGAGCUUAAAGAGCUUUAUGGUGUUGGGCUGGACCUGCCUCUGAGCGACGAGGAGGAUGAAGAAGUGAACGAUGAAGACGACUCUGAGGAAUUUUUCCUGACUGAAGAACCCCAGGAUGGUCUCGAUAGUGAUGCCAGCGAAUCUGAAGAGACUGGUAUUGUCGAGGAUGCUGCCUCUGCUGCCUCUGCCUCUGAGGAUGAAGAGGAGGAAGAAGAAUCAGAACAAGAAGAACAAGAAGAACAAAAUGAAGCCGGUGAAAUAAAAAAGGACGUCUUUGGUCUCAAUGACGAAUUCUUCGACAUCGAUGCAUUCAACAAGCAGAUCAUGGCUCUUGAGGACAACCCUGAGGCAGAAAAUGAUGACGAGGAAGAGGUGGACAUGUUUGCAGACUUGAGCGGGGACGACAGCGAGGGCGAAGAAAUGGAAUACUACGACGAGUUCUUCGACAAGCCAGGUAUGCAGAAGGUCGGAGCAUCUACCGCUUCGAGUGGAAAGGCAGAGAGCGAGUCAGAGGAUGAAGGCGACCUCGAGCGUGAGCUUGAAGAUGGAGAACACGAAAAAGCCGUCAACUCGGCUAUGCAUGAUCUUUUCGAAGACGAGGACGACGGCGAUGAAGAAGAGGCUCCAAGAAAGAAUAACAAAAAGUUGUCCACUUUCGAGCAACAACAGCAAAAACUCCAAGAGGAGAUUGCACAGUUGGAGGCCGAGCUUGUGGCUGAGAAGAAGUGGACAAUGAAAGGUGAAGUCCGCUCUAACGACCGUCCCGCUGACUCUCUUCUAAAUGACGACGAAGCUCCCACACUUGAGUUCGACCGUACAUCCAAACCCGUCCCGGUCAUCACAGACAAAGUCACAGAAACCAUUGAGGACCUCAUCAAGCGCAGAGUCAAAAACGAUGAGUUUGACGACUUGCCCAAGAGACUCAUAUCCGAUGUGCGCACAUUCGUGCAGAAACAAAAGGCCGAGGUGUCCGAUCAAAAGAGUGCUAAAUCUUUGGCUGAAAUCUAUGAAGAUGAAUUCCACGGUGUCGACCCUGAAGCCAAAAUCUCCGAGGAAGUGCAAGAGGCCCAUGACGAGAUCACAAAGUUGUUCACACAACUCAACUACAAACUAGACUCAUUGUGUCUGGCUCACUACAUACCCAAACCCAGCGAGUACAAGAGCGUCGAGAUUAAGGUUACUGAUGCACCUGCCUCUAUCAGCACCGAUGAUGCCCAACCAUUGCAUGUCUCCGACGAGAUUAAACUCGCUCCUCAGGAAGUUUACAAGAUCGGUGACGAUAAGCCUAAGGCUGACGGUGCUCGCGGAACUUCUCAGGUACAACUUAAGUCUGGUCUUUCAUAUUCUAAGGAUGAGUUGAGUCGAGACGAUAAACAGAGAUUGAGAAGAGCCAAGAAGAGGGCCAAGUCUAAGCAUUUCAACGAAUUGAAGGAGGUUAAAGAACAACGUGAGAAGGAGAACGAAAAGACUUCUGGCGGAGACCGUAAGAGACCCAGAGUUGGCGAGGCUAUGGACACUUUGUCCAAGGCUAAGAAUGUUACAGUCAUCGAUAAAAAGGGCCAGCUACGGGAUGCUCUGGGUAACUACAAGAAGGCCGAACAAGCACCAGAUUCUAGCAGAUUUAGAUUGUAA